GUUGAAAAUAACACACAAGAAUAAAAAAAUAAUAUAAUUCGCCUUCAGCGUGUCGGUGGUGCGGUGCUUUCUACUUUCAGUGCCAAAAUAGAACUGUCAAAGCGCACAAUUUACGAUUCGGAAGCUAUUCCUGAUCGGGAAUUCAUCGAUUAACCACGCAGUUUUAAUGUAGAGUAUUUAGAAGUUGGUCGAAUCUUCCAAAAUGCAGAAAACUGUGUAUUACAGCAGCGUGCUUUUCCUUCGGUGCGUCUGCUUUAUCUACCUGUUUGCUUUCCUCUCCAUCUACGUCCAAAUUCCAGGUUUGAAUGGACAUAAUGGAAUUCUACCGGCGUGCUCCGAGUUGGACACGAAAGCCGCCUCGACCAGGACGUUUUUGGAAAAUUUCCUGCAGAAACCAACCCUGUUGUGGCUGGCACCGGAAAUCGGUCUCAACACUCAAUAUGCCAUGGAACUGAUUGCUCUUCUCGGUGCUAUACUUGCAUUCCUCGGGUUCGUCAACCGUUCCCUCUGCACGGCCCCUUUCUUUGCAAUUCUGUGGAUAUUCUACCAGUCCCUCUUCCAAGUCAAUCCAGUCUUCUUUGGAUUCCAAUGGGACAUUCUGUUGCUAGAAUUGGGCUUUUUGAGCAUCAUCAUUGCUCCAUUGUGGGGCACCCGUUUCCGCAAAGUGGACCAGAGCACUUCCAUCCGCUUCUGGUUGGCCCGCUGGCUCAUUUUCCGCCUUAUGUUUGCUUCGGGAGUGGUCAAGCUGACGAGUGGCUGUCCGACCUGGUGGGAUUUGACUGCUCUGGACGUCCACUUUGAGUCACAGUGCAUCCCCACACCCUUGGCCUGGUACGCCCACCACCUUCCGAAGUGGUUCCUGCACCUUUCGGUUCUUGGAGCACACUUCAUCGAGUGCGUCGUGCCCCUGUUCUUCUUCAUCCCCAUCAGAGCCAUCCAGUACACGGCGUUCUACCUGCAGAUCCUGCUCCAGGUCACAAUCAUGCUCACCGGAAACUACAACUUCUUCAAUUUGAUCACCAUCGUUCUCUGCAUCUCUCUCGUUGACGACCACUUCUUUUUGUACAAGGAGCCAACCAACCCCAAAUCAAAAAAGCAAGCUCUGCAGGAAGGAACUGGGCCAUCUACUGCUGGAAAGAUAAUUUGCAUUGUUUUGUACGGAGCUGCAAUUUUCUUCACUGGGAAACUUUUCAACUUUAAAAUUGGUCCUGAAGGAACGCCGGAAUUCAAAGCCAGUUUCGACUCUCGCCAGUUGAAAGAAGUCCUGACAUGGUUUGUUCCUUUAACGAUGGUGUACGGCUUUGCUUCUCUUGCCUGCACAAUUUCGUACGAGAUCUUAAAUGUUUUGAGGAAACACAAUGACUGCUUCAGCAAGCUCUACCAAUUGGGAAGAGUGCUGUUCUACUCGAUUAUUGCUUCAGCCAUGUUUGCCAUAUCCCUGGUUCCCUACUCGGUCGUAAGACCCAAAAGCCAUUCGGAGCCACCAAUCUUGACUGCACUUCAGCCAAUCUACGCCCAAACCUACAGAUUCCACUUGAGCAGUGGUUACGGUCUUUUCAGACACAUGACUGGCAUCAAUGGAAGGCCCGAAGUGAUCAUUGAAGGUUCGGACUCGUUGGAAGGCCCCUGGAAGGAGUUCGAGUUCAGGUAUAAACCUGGAGAUGUCACUAGACCUCCACCUAUGGUUGCUCCUCACCAACCUCGACUUGACUGGCAAAUGUGGUUUGCCGCCCUCGGAACGUACCACCAAAACCCAUGGAUUGUCAGUUUGGCGUACAGACUUUUGAAAGGACAGCCAGAAGUUUUAAGGCUCCUGGACCCUGACAAUCCGUUCAAAACCGCUCCAAAAUACAUACGAGCCAAUUUGUACACCUAUAGAUACACAGCUUGGGAAAACAGAGAAGCCUGGUGGACCCGCAAGAAGGAGUCCGAGUACUUCCCCAUUUUCUCUGCUGAACACAAACCAUUGUUGGAGUAUCUGGAAAAACUGAAUCUUCUGAACGUUCAAGACUGGCCCCUUAGCAAUCAAUAUUUGGUGAAAAUUCUGGAUAGCAUUCGUACAAUUUUCCAGGUCACAGAUCCAGUUGUCAGCAUCUGGGGCAUUGGAUUUGCUGCGUUUGCAAUCAUUUUCACUUAAAUUUCCAAAUCCCUUUUUUACGUCAAAAACCAAAUCUCAAAUUUUUUUCCAUUAAAAUAACAAUAUUUGAAUGAAAUUUAUUAGACUCUCUCUACAGACUGAUAAAUAAUACUGUCUUGUUUAUAAAUCAAAAUUAACGGAAAAUUAAUGUAUUUUGUACUUGUGUUCCAAUAGAUACUAUAAGACUUAAAAA